GUAUGUGUACUUGUUGACAAUCAGUUUAGUUUACUAGGAAUGGAAUGGGUACGUUUUACUUUCGAAAUUGUUACUUUUCAUCUAUGAAAUAUUUCUAUAAUACCAAUCAUAUGAGUAAAAGGUCAGCUGUUGAUUUAGCUCAUAUAAUCCACGGAAAAAAACCUAUGAAAGAUACACCGAUAUUUACACUUCAUGGAUUAUUGGGCGCUAAGAAAAAUUGGGAGAGUAUGUCAAAGAAAAUAGCUUCAAAGAUGCAAAGAUCUGUGAUAGCUGUAGACGCUCGGAAUCACGGAGAAAGUCCCCACGAUCCUUCCCAUUCUUAUCUAGACUUGGCCUCUGAUGUAGUUCAAUUGAUGAAUAAAUUGUCAGUAAAGCACGUAGAUAUUAUUGGACACAGCAUGGGCGGAAGAACUGCAAUGGUGAUUGCAUUAACUGAGCCAUCCAAAGUAUCACAUUUGAUCAUAGUUGAUAUAUCUCCAGUGCCAACUACUGCUAUUUUAAAUAAUUUUUUUCCGAAACUCCUUGAUUUUAUGAAAACUAUAAAAUUCCAUGAAUUUAAAAAUUUAGUUGAAGCAAGAUCUGAAGUUAAGAAAGAACUGAUAACUUCAGGGGUAAUUGAAGAUGAAGCUAUGUCUAAUUUCAUUAUUAUGAACAUUGGCACCAAAACAGACAAGUCUAUUGGUUGGAAUUGUAAUGUAGUUGCUUUAAAAGAAAACUUCAAACAUAUUGCAACGUUCCCUAGCGAAGUGACAGGAAAGCAAUAUUCAGGACCAACUUUGUUUAUUGGUGGAAAAGAGUCUAGUUACAUUCCGUAAGUAUAUUUCUAGUCGGCGGGCGGCGGUAGUC